AAGUGAACGAAGCACAUCACUAGUGUUUAAGCCAACAUGGUGGUUGGAGUGCAAGUUAUUAUUUACGAAAAUAUUAGAGUUAAUUAAUUAUUUGGUGUGAUAUUACAAAACCGUGACGAUGUCAUCCACAGAGCCUUCCCAGAAUAAAACCUGGGAGCUCUCCCUGUAUGAGCUUCACCGAACACCGCAGGAGGUCAUUACGGACGCCACUGAAAUCGCGGUGUCCCCCCGCAGUUUACAUAGUGAAUUGAUGUGUCCAAUUUGCUUAGACAUGCUCAAAAAAACCAUGACUACGAAAGAAUGCCUCCACAGAUUCUGUAACGAUUGUAUUAUAACUGCCCUUCGUUCGGGCAAUAAAGAAUGUCCUACAUGUCGAAAGAAGUUGGUGUCCAAACGGUCCCUGAGGCCUGACCCUAACUUUGAUUUGUUGAUCUCAAAGAUAUACCCCAGCAGAGACGAGUACGAAGCUCAUCAGGAGCGUUUGUUGACUAAGCUGAGUAUGUCGCACUCGCAGGCGUCGCUAGUGAACUCUAUUACUGAGGGAAUAAAGUUGCAAUCUCAAAAUAGGCCUCAAAGAUCUAGAAAGAAUCACGAGGAAAAUAGUAAUACAUCUAACUCGAAUGGUAACACGGAAAAUGCUCAAAAUGGUAGUUCAGGAACAGCUCCGGCUGCUCCCAAAGAUGGAUCCUCGUCAAUGAGCAACCCGACCCCUUCAGGCCAGUCCACUUCCAACCCCGCGAGUGUGAGGAGCACACCAUCUCCGGUGCCAUCCAAUAUCAGCUCCGUGUCAAAAAACACAAGCACCACUAAAAGAGCCAAGUCUAUAUUAACAUCAGAGCGCAGUGAGGAGAGUGAAUCUAGUGAUGGCAGGACUGAAGGAGAGAACUCGAUGGAUACAGAAGGAGAGGGUGAGCCUCUGAACCCUAAUGAAAUAGAGCUGGUCUUCAAGCCACAUCCCACUGAAAUGACAGGAGACAACCAACUGAUGCGAGCUCUCCGAGACAGCUCAGUGAGAUACUUGAAGACCACUGCAAAUGCCUCCGUGGACCACCUAAGCAAGUAUCUGGCGAUGCGUCUCACCCUCGACUUGGAUGCAGAACUGCCAGAGGCCUAUCGUUUGCUUAACUUCUGUAUUUAUGUUGCCCCGGCGCCCGGUCAGUUCGUGCCAUUGGCCGGCUCACAGACUCUACGCCAGAUCAAUGAUAAAUUCUGGAAGGUAAACAAACCUCUGGAAAUGUACUACUCCUGGAAGAAAACUUAGAUUUAAGCAACAUUUUAGUUACAUAAUGAAAUGGAAGUGCAGUGAUAAAGUAUUUAUAAAUAAUUUUUAUUGAACUGAAUAUGAACACGAUUAAAUGGAGACAUGGACUCUUGAUAAUUGUGAUAUCGUUUAAAUAUAUCUCAAUAUAAAGAAAUAUUUUAAGUUACUAUUUAGUUAUAAGCUGUCAUUUGUUUUUAUUCAUUGAA